UGUCGUGGUCUCGGGCCGCGCCGCCGCCAGCCAUUGGCGCAGGCUUGACAAAGGGGCGUGGUCAGAACCGCGGCCCCGCCCCCAGCCAUAGUACUUAAAGGAAUUUGGCUCCCGGAGGGGGGAUCAUAGUGGCGCGGCCCGGCCUCGCGAGCAGAGUUGCCUACCGACCUUGCGCGACCCGGUGACCCCGGCUACCUAGGUCGCCCCGGCCACCAUGCCGCGCUCCUUCUUGGUCAGGAAGCCGACCGACCCCCGCCGGAAGCCUAACUAUAGCGAGCUGCAGGACGCGUGUGUGGAGUUCACCUUCCAGCAGCCCUACGACCAGGCCCACCUGCUGGCCGCCAUCCCUCCUCCCGAGGUCCUCAACCCCGCCGCCUCGCUGCCCACCCUCAUCUGGGACUCGCUCCUGGUGCCCCAAGUGCAGCCGAUUGCCUGGGCCACCCUCCCGCCGCGAGAGAGCCCCAGGGCGGCAGAGCUGACCUCGCUGUCUGAUGAGGACAGCGGCAAGAGCUCCCAGCCGCCCAGCCCGCCCUCCCCGGCGCCUUCAACCUUUUCCUCUACUUCGGCCUCGUCUCUGGAGGCCGAGGCCUUCAUCGCCUUCCCCGGCUUGAGUCAACUGCCCAAGCAGCUGGCCAGGCUCUCGGUGGUGGCCAAGGACCCCCAGUCCCGGAAGGCCUUCAACUGCAAAUAUUGCAACAAGGAGUACCUCAGCCUGGGCGCUCUGAAGAUGCACAUCCGAAGCCACACUCUGCCUUGCGUCUGCACGACCUGCGGAAAGGCCUUCUCCAGGCCCUGGCUGCUUCAGGGCCACGUCCGCACCCACACUGGUGAGAAGCCCUUCUCCUGCUCCCAUUGCAACCGUGCCUUUGCUGACCGAUCUAACCUGCGUGCCCACCUCCAGACCCACUCGGAUGUGAAGAAGUACCAGUGUCAGGCCUGCGCCCGCACCUUCUCCCGCAUGUCCUUGCUCCACAAACACCAAGAGUCUGGCUGCUCUGGAGGCCCUCGCUGACCCGCGCUGCCUCCCCAUCCUUUCUGGCGUCUCCCCGGUGCCCUGGAGCGCCCACCCUCCUCACUGCCAGGACUCCUUCCAGCCUUGGUGCCAGGGACCUGUGGAGGCCAUGUGUGGCCCUGGUUCCUGCUUGGCUCUCUUGGUGGCCUUUUCUGCAGCUGGCAGAUGGAGGGCGGAGUGCCUUGCUGCCCUCCCAGAGCCACCCCUCAGUAUUCAUGAGGUGUAGCCUCUGGGACACAGCUGCUUCGAGCCAUAGAACUAAAGCCAACCCACUGGCUGGGAAGCUUGAACCCCCCAGUCGGGGGAUCCCACUUCCCUACCUCCCCCAAGGACACUUCAGGACUCUUCUUUGAGGUACAACAGACUAUGCAAUAGUCCCACCCCGGACG